AUGAGUAGGUAUUUCGAUCUGAAGAGCUGGUACGUAAAUGCUGACUGCUGUGGCGUGAACUUCCGUACUGGGAGUGCUUUCUUCACCAAGAACGGUGUCAACCUCGGCGUUGCUUUUCGGGAUGUUAAGGGCAAACUUUACCCAUCCAUCGGCCUGAAAAAGAACGGAGAACACAUCCGAGUCAACUUCGGCCAGACGCCUUUCGUUUAUGGCAUCGACGGCAUGAUGAAGGCCGAGAUUGAGCGCAUCAAGAAGGAGAUAUCUGAGACGAGCACCUCUAAUCUCGCACCACCAUUGAGCGAGACAGAGCUCAUUCAGUCAUUAGUGCUGCAAUUUCUGCAACAUGACGGAUACGUCGAGACGGCAAGAGCUUUUGCCGAGGAGAUCCAGGCGCAGAAGAAAGCGCUCAGUCUAGAUCCUAACGAGAAGAUCGAAGGCAUUAACAUUACGGAUGACGAAGAUGCCAACAAUCGCCAAAGGAUUCGACGAGCUAUCCUGGAGGGGGACAUUGACCGAGCUCUCAAGCACACGAAGGCCUAUUAUCCUCAGGUGCUAAUCGACAAUGAGCAAGUCUAUUUCCGCCUACGUUGCCGAAAGUUUAUUGAGAUGAUUCGACGUGAAGCCGAGAUGAACCUGAUCGAGGAGAAGCGGAGUAAUGGUCACACUCACACCGAGGACAUGGAGCUGGAUGAGGCAGCGACCUGGGAGCAGAUGGACACAGAGGAUAGCGGGGAUGGCCAGGUCAAUGCCGAUGACCUAACGUUGGAAACACUCGCAUACGGCCAGUCACUACGUGCUGAGUUUGCCGAUGACCCCCGAAGAGAAGUCAGCAAGGCACUGAACGAAAUCUUUGCCUUGAUGGCCUACCAAAAUCCACUAAAGGAGAAAGAGGUUGCACAUCUUCUCGAUAGGAAAGGAAGGGUGACUGUCGCCGAGGAGCUGAACUCGGCUAUCCUACAAUCUCUUGGCAAGUCGUCCCGAGCAGGUCUGGAGAAUCUAUAUUCUCAAACGAGCGUUCUUCUUGAAGAUCUCAGACAAGAUGGCGGCCCCGGCGCCUUUGUCACUCUCCAGAGCAUCAUUGAUGAUAUCCCAAAGAACCAGCCUUUUUAG